AUGGAUAAGCGCCGGCUGAACCUUAGGAUUCUGGCAUCUCCUGGCACUUUCUUCUCCUUUUCCGGCCAGUCAGAGGGCGAUCCUUUGUUCCUCCGCUCGGCGAUUUCUCAGUUGGGCUUGGGGAAACUGCUAGAAGUGUUCCGGCGGAUGACUCAGUCGACUCGCUAUCGACUCCUACUUGUUGGCUUCUACAUGCGAUUAUGGUACUGCGAGAGUACUACUGGGUUCAAAGUUUUCACUAGAAUGGUGGCUGUGGACGACGAAAACCGAAGGAAUUGUGUCAUCCAAACCUUGGGGAAGAGUCAUUAUCAGUUUAAGGAUGGAGUAGGGACGAUUCCGUCCGUACCCGCCACUGACGCCACCAGUCGGUAUCUUCAAACGGAAAUCUUCCAUUUUCCUUCGUUACCUAUAAUGGAAACCAAAACGAUGUCGAAGAUUUGCUACGUUUGUGGUAAGCGCUAA